AUGAGGCUCCUCGACGUUUGGACAGGCCAAUUUGUGGAGAAGGACCCGAAGAAGACAGAAUACGCCAUCCUAUCGCAUACGUGGGAUCAGGUCGAACAGACGUACCAGGACGUUCGAGAGAUCCAACAGUCAUACGGCAGUCAAGGUCGACUACGCGCCUGCAGAGUGGCGCGCGAGGCUAGAUACAAUUACCUGUGGAUCGACUCUUGUUGCAUUGACAAGACGAGCAGCUCCGAGCUCUCCGAGUCGAUCAAUUCGAUGUACCAAUGGUACGGCGAUGCGGCAGAGUGCUACGCGUACCUUGUGGACGUCCCUCCUGGCGAAGAUCCUCGCUUACCGAAAUCGAACUUUCGUUCGAGCCGAUGGUUCAGGCGCGGGUGGACGCUCCAGGAGCUUAUUGCACCCUCUGAAGUGAAGUUCCUUUCAAACGACUGGAACACGAUUGGAACCAAGCAUACCCUCGUCGACGUCGUUGAGGACAUCACGACUAUUCCUCGGGAAGCUCUACUCAGACUGGAGCCACUCGAUGAGUUCAGCGUGGCGGAACGGCUCUCGUGGGCAGCGCGACGAGAAACGACACGCGUGGAAGACCGGGCGUACUCGCUGCUCGGAAUCUUCGACAUCAAUGUGCCUACGCUCUAUGGUGAAGGCGAGCGCGCCAUCCGCAGGCUGCAGGAAGAGAUCGUGUGGCGGGCACCUGACCAGAGUCUCUUUGCGUGGGGGCACGUCUACGUGGCACUCGACACGCGCAAAGACCUUGCUCAGCGCCGGUCGCUUCAGGCUGCUAUCAAGAUUGACAUUGUAUGUUGA